AUGUCUACGCCAGCGGAUCACCAGCCGCUCAAAAAGGCACCCAAGACUCCUGUGGCUCCAAGACCUAGCUCAAGCGUCCUCCUCAUUUCGCCCACAAAUCAAAUCCUCCUUCUCCAUCGCGUGUCCAAAGCCUCCAGCUUCGCCUCCGCGCAUGUCUUCCCCGGCGGCGCCUUGAGCAAAACCCACGACGGUGCCAUCCCCGACAUCGACGAGCCCGGCCGUCAUCAAGACGGUCCUGCAUACCGCCUCGCCGCGAUUCGCGAGACGUUUGAGGAAUCCGGGAUCCUUCUCGCGAAAAGCAAGAAAACAGGCAAACUAUUCACAGACAUCGACGACGCAAAAAGAGACGAGGGACGUCGCGGAGUGCAUGCAGGCACGGUGAAGUUCACCGACUUGCUGGAGAGCUGGGGCGCGGUGCCGGAUACAGAAGCAUUAGUACCGUUCACAAGAUGGGUCACGCCGCCAAACGUCCCCAAGCGCUUCUCCACGCAGAUGUACAUUUACUUCCUACCGCUGGGAUCGUCGUCGCCCACCGCUGGGGAGGAAGAAAUGGUUAUCCCCACCCCGACGCACGACGGCGGCAUCGAACACACCGCCGCCCGCUUCCUCCCGCCAAACAAAUGGAUCGAUCUCGCGCGCCAGAACAGAAUCAUCCUCUUCCCCCCGCAGUUCUUCCUCACCCUCAUCCUAUCCAAGUACCUCUCCCCCAGCGUCACCGGGCCCGAUAGCCCCGUCCCCAGCGUUGCCGACCUGCAGGCCGAGCGCGAUAAUCUGCUCGCCUUUCUGAACAAACCGCGCAUGUACGAUGGUAGACCUGAGGUCUCGUUCACGGAAGCGUGUAUCUCCCCCACGGUGCUAGGCAAGGGCGAGUAUGGGGAUAAAUCGCAAGAUGGGGUCGGCGGCGUGGAUAAACACACCGCGGUUAUGGUGCUGGAUAGACCGGGACCGGAGAUCGUGGCGCAGGGGCAUGGCAGGAGGGGGAUACGGGAGUGGGUUGUUACGACGAAGUUUAAGGGAGAGGGGCCGCGGGAUGUGGAUGUUAGGCGUAGGGAGGAGGUGCUUGGGAGUGGGAUGGGGAUGGAGAAGGGGAAGUUGUAG